AUGACCAGUUCAACUGUGAUUGCACCGGAAUUCCAUUGGGCUCCAGAUAAGAUCAAAGCUGGACAAUUCAAAUACAAAGGGCCCUUAAAAGUUUUUAUUAACGAACCAGUUACUUUGACGCACGACUUGGAGAAUGUUGAAAUAGAUUCGCCAAAAUCUCAAGAUCACAUCGUAUUUGAUGAUGACCUGAAUGAAGUUCACGAAAUUGGUAGUGAGGUGGAAGUGAUAAUGGAUUCAAGGACAGUCGGUCAAAAUAAUCCAUAG